GCACGGCGGCCAGAGGGGCUGCUGCCCGCGCCGGCGGCCCCGCGCUCGCUCUCUCCGGCCGCCCUCCCGCCGCGGGAGGAGCCGCCGGCCGCCGUGACGCGUCAGGGAGGAAACGGCGGCGCCGGCGGCCCUGUGGGGAAGGAGGAAGCGCGCGGGUGCGAGGAGGCAGCGCCGCGCCGACCGGGAUGUUAAUGCAACUUUUCAUCCCUGGGAUGAAUCACAUUUGGUCAAGGUAUGCACUGAUCAGCGCUGUUGAAUUAUCAAGGAAGACCCUCUGCAGAUCUCUGAGUCUCUGUGUUGUUAUCUUACCUCCCGUAUCGGGCUGUGAACUCUAGCUGCCUUGUGUUCCUUGGGCUUACAGCUUCUGCAGUUCCUCUUUUAUUGCCGUGGUCUGUAAGUUCUCUGAAGGUUGCAUGAUGGAAUUUGAAUAUUACCUCAAGAGGUUUUAUGUUUUGGAUUAGCUAACUGUGUUUGUCCUCUGCUGACUGUCUCUUCGGGCUCAUUUUCUGGUGUCCAUUUGAGGCAAUAAACCCAAAGGGAUCAUACCAUGGACCACAAGGAGAGCUGCCCCAGCGUCAGCAUCCCCAGCUCGGACGAGCACAGGGAGAAGAAGAAGAGGUUCACUGUAAGUGUUUAUAAAGUUCUGGUCUCAGUGGGCAGGAGUGAGUGGUUUGUCUUCAGGAGAUAUGCAGAGUUUGAUAAACUUUACAAUACUUUAAAGAAACAAUUUCCUGCUAUAGCCCUGAAGAUUCCUGCCAAGAGAAUAUUUGGUGAUAACUUUGACCCAGAUUUUAUUAAACAAAGAAGAGCAGGACUGAAUGAGUUCAUUCAGAACUUAGUUAGGUAUCCAGAACUUUACAACCAUCCAGAUGUCAGAGCAUUCCUUCAAAUGGACAGCCCAAAACAUCAGUCAGAUCCAUCCGAAGAUGAGGAUGAAAGAAGUACUCAGAAGCUACACUCUACCUCACAGAACAUCAACCUGGGACCAUCUGGAAAUCCUCAUGCUAAACCAACAGACUUUGAUUUCUUAAAAGUUAUUGGAAAAGGCAGCUUUGGCAAGGUUCUCCUUGCAAAACGGAAACUGGAUGGAAAAUUUUAUGCUGUCAAAGUGUUACAGAAAAAAAUAGUUCUCAACAGAAAAGAGCAAAAACAUAUUAUGGCUGAACGUAAUGUGCUUUUGAAAAAUGUGAAACAUCCAUUUUUGGUUGGAUUACAUUAUUCUUUCCAAACAACUGAAAAGCUUUAUUUUGUUCUGGAUUUUGUUAAUGGAGGGGAGCUGUUUUUCCACUUACAGAGAGAACGGUCCUUUCCUGAACAUAGAGCUAGGUUUUAUGCUGCUGAAAUUGCCAGUGCAUUGGGUUACUUGCACUCCAUCAAAAUCGUGUACAGAGACUUGAAACCAGAAAAUAUUCUUCUGGAUUCAGUAGGACAUGUUGUCUUAACGGAUUUUGGGCUUUGUAAAGAAGGAAUCGCUAUUUCUGACACGACAGCAACGUUCUGUGGGACACCAGAGUACCUUGCUCCUGAAGUAAUCAGAAAACAGCCCUAUGACAAUACUGUAGAUUGGUGGUGCCUUGGUGCUGUUCUCUAUGAAAUGCUGUAUGGAUUGCCUCCUUUUUAUUGCCGAGAUGUAGCUGAAAUGUAUGACAAUAUUCUUCACAAGCCCCUAAGUUUGAGGCCAGGAGUGAGCCUCACAGCCUGGUCCAUUCUGGAAGAACUGCUGGAGAAAGACAGGCAAAAUCGACUCGGUGCCAAAGAAGACUUUCUUGAAAUUCAGAAUCAUCCUUUUUUUGAAUCACUCAGCUGGACUGAUCUUGUACAAAAGAGGAUUCCACCACCAUUUAAUCCUAAUGUGGCGGGACCAGAUGAUAUCAGGAACUUCGAUGCAACAUUUACAGAAGAAACAGUUCCGUAUUCUGUGUGUGUGUCUUCUGACUACUCUGUAGUGAAUGCCAGCGUACUGGAGGCAGAUGACGCAUUUGUCGGUUUCUCUUACGCACCUCCUUCAGAAGAUUUAUUUUUGUGAACAGUUUGCCAUCCAGAAACCAUUGAGCAAAUACAAGCCCACAGAUGAGACUGAAACUCCUGUUUGUGUGAAUAUAUUCAACUCUGUUUAACUAGUGCCUCAUUUUUACAUGUAAUGUUAAAAACUAUGAAAAAUGUAUUUUCUGCUGUAUGCAAGAAAAUAGGGCAUUUCAAAGAGCUAAGUUUUGGAUUAAAAUUUGUUAUUAAGCUUAUUUUUAAAGAGAAAUUUUAAAAGCUAUUGUUCUCAGCAUUAACCUAUUUUUAAAGAAAACUUUUUGCUAAUGACUGUUUUCCCCCUGAGUUUACCCUAACAUCUACCCAAGACUAUUUUUCAACAGCCUAUUUCAGUUCAGUUAACGUGCAUUAAUGCCUUUGUAACUCUCUACUUGGACCUUUGUUCUCAGAUCAGAACUAUGCAAUUGGUAUGUAGUUAAGAAGAAACCACAUCUUUCCAUGAGAAGUCAUUGGUUGACAAAUUCAGUUCUUAGUAGGAUUAAAAUGUAAAAGCAUAGUUAAUACAUGGGCUGUGAGUUAACACUUUGAAAGAGUGUUUGUUCUGCAGAUCAAAUUAAGAAAUAACAAGGAGAUUCUUUGCUUUUGAAAUACCAAUUCAAAUUUGCGAAUUAUUUUUUUUCUGGAAGAAAAGUAAAGGCUUAAUAGUUAGAAAGUUUAAAUAUUCCCAAAGAUCUGAAGGGUAAUAAAAUACUACUGGAUUUUUUUCUUAGGCGGUGCCAAAAAUUAAUGUCUCUGUGUCAUGUAUUUAUAUUACAAAUACAUUCUAUUUAUGUUUUUUCUGGUCUUUUGAAGUUAUUGUUAAGCAGGCCUAAAUCUCAGUAUUUGCUUUUGCAGACAGCUGUGCAAAACUGUUUUUCUGAUUGGUUAAUAAGUGAAAAAUAUUGAGCUUUCUAGAAUUUUUACCUAAUUGGGAAUUAAAGAAUAGAAUAGCAAAUUCUGGGUCAGUAUAAACAUAUAUUUCGCUACAGUGUAACAAGUUAAAAAUAAUUCCGGCAGAUCAAUGUCAGUAUCUUAUUUGUCUUAGAAAAAAACUACAGGAAACUGACCUUAAAAUCAUACUAAAAACCAACUAACCGUGGACUUGUCACGACUCUUCAUCAUGAAUACAGAAAAACUAAAAAGAAUGCUUGUUUUGGAAUUCUGCUUCUUAGAAUAGAGGUUUUUCAAAUCAUGUAGGAAACAUUGUGAAAGUUUAGAGACCAACUUUAAAUGCUUCAGGAGCAAGCAUUCUUUCCAUGUAUUUUCUCUUGAGGAAAAGAAAUCACAAAAGCAUUUCACACCAAUACGCUUUGGCUCGAAAAUGUUCAGCAAAAUAGGGGGAGGGAGUGUGCUUUUGUCAGAUUAAUAACAUUCGCAUCCAAUACACUGAAUCUUACUUUAGAGGUAAGACUUUUAAUAGUGACACUGUAAAUAUUUGGUUUAUUUGCACUACUGUAAGUUCUGCUUUUACACAAAGCUCUUUGCUUAUUAUAAAGCAAAAUAAAAACUGUA